AGACGGGGCUGCUGGGAGGACGAAUUGAGCGGAGAACAGACCACAGUAACAAAGUCCUGCUGUUCUGCGAGGAACCGUCGGGCCGCUGGUUCUGCUGAGCGGUUCUGUCGGGUUCUGUCGGGUUCUGUCAGAGAGAACCACCCUGCAGAGGAACCGCAGGGUUCUCCAGGUGUAGACAUGGUCUGCAGAGUGCUGCUGGUCCUCCUGCUGUCUCUGGGCGUCUCUGUCCCCUCAGGACGGAGCCAGAGCUCGUCUCAGGACGCCUUCAUCAUCCAGUACCUGGAGAGGAGGCUGGUCCAGGUGGAGGAGCGUCUGGGUCAGUGUGAGCAGAGGACGGUGAGUCUGAGCCAGAGGACGUACGAGCUGUCCUCCGAGGUGAGGGGGUGUGUGUCCAGGCUGAGCGCCCUGAGGUCGGAGGUCAGCAGCCAGGCGGACGGCGUGUCGGCGCGGGUGGAGCGGCUGGAGCGGGAGCUGGAGUACCUGGAGAACCGGUUCCCCGUCCAGAGCCAGGUGGAGGUGGAGGCGGCGCUGCUGGAGGAGCAGAUCCGAGCCGCCGAGCUGGAGCUGCAGGGGGCCUGGGACCGGGACCGGGGCCGGGGCCGGGGCCGGGGCCGGGACCGGGCGGAGCACGACUGCGGUGCGGUUCUGGACCAGAUCAGGUCUGUGAAGAUCGUGAAGAAGGCCGGAGACGCUCAGGGUUGCUGGUUCAAAGACCCGACCGCAGGCUCCAGCAAGGUCUACCUGCUCAGCGGCGUCCAGAACGACACGGUGCUGGAGUUCGAUUCCCUGCAGAGCUUCGUGGAGCAGGGCGGCAGCCCCGGAGCAAGGCAGCUGCAGCUCCCCGCCCACUGGCAGGGUUCCGGACACACGGUCCACAACGGGUUCCUCUACUUCCACAAGGCCGACACACACAACCAGAUCCUGAAGGUGGACCUGCUGAACCGGACCGUGGUGGACAGCACCCUGGUCCCGGGCGCCGGCCGGCUGCCGGUCUACAGCCUGAACCCGGACACCUACCUGGACCUGUCCGUGGACCAGCUGGGACUCUGGGUGGUCCACGCCGACCCGGACUACGGAGGGAACCUGGUCCUCACCAAGCUGGACACAGGGACCCUGGCGGUGGACUUCAGCUGGGACACGCAGUGCCGGAGCCAGGACGCCGAGGGGGCCUUCCUGAUCUGCGGGACCCUGUACGUGGUCUACAGCAGCCGCUAUGGGGGGCGGGCCAGCAUCCAGUGUGUGUAUGACGUCCACGACUCCGUCCACAGUGUGGACGGUCCGGUCCGGUUCUUCCCGAAGCGGUUCAGCAGCCACAGCAGCCUCCGGUUCCACCCUGAGGACCAGGACCUGUACGCCUGGGACGACGGCUACCAGACCAUCUACCGGGUGGAGACGGUCCAGACCCAGAGAGUCCCCGUGGACUGAGGACAGACCCUCUGGACCCGACAAGCCGAUGUGGACUGAGGACAUACUCUGUGGACCCAAGUGUUCCUGCAUAUUGAAGACGGACUCUCUGGACCCAAAGAGUCCCUGUAGACUGAAGGCAGACUAUUUGGUUCCAGAGAGUCCCACUAGACUGAGGACGGACUCUCUGGACCCCGAGAGUCCCUGUAGACUGAAGACGGAUUCUUUGGACCCGGAGAGUCCCUUCAGACUGAAAGUGGACUCUCCAGACCUCCUGGUCCACUGCCGGCCCCUCCUGCUCUCCUCCUGGGUUCAGACCGCUUCUGACCCUUCAGACCUGAUCUUUCACACCAUGGAACCCCAGACCCUCAGGACUUCCUGGGUCACAGGACCUGGUCUCUGCAGGUCUCUGGUCCCAGACCGAACCGGCCCGUCACCACGGUUCUAGCACCGACUCCCGACAAGUCAGCUCAGUAUUCCAGGUUCUGGUUCAGGUUUAGGGUUCAGGUUUGGUCACUGGUCCGGGUUAGUGUUUAGGGUCUGGGUUUAGGUUUUAAAAGAAUUCUACGAAGAUUUUGGACCCACACCCGAUCCCUGUCAUUUUUAUAGUGAGACAAGAUCAUACAUACCUUUAUUGUCUCUCUGCGUCCAGCAGCUGGCUCCCAGCUGUUAGCAUC